AUGCAUAUUGUAUCUCGUUUCUCGACUGUCGCUGCGGCACUCGUCGCCAUUGCAGCGGCCGCGACUUUGGACAGGAGUGCGGUGGCAAACACAACCGCAAAUGCAACCUCGAGUGCAAAUACAGACAAAGCAACGGCGAACGUCAAGGCAAGCGCAAAGACAAACACAACUGCGAGUACAGACGCUACCGCGAACGCAACGUCAACUUCGACCGGCAACGCCUUGGUCCUUGAGACCUACGGGCCGACAAAACCAAAUUAUCUCGUCCCGGUGGAUGGUCCUGCCCUCACCUUCAACUUCUCAACUGCGUACCCUCACCCCAGAAACUGGAUCGGCAUCUGGAGAGAUUACUACGGCGGCCCUGACCACCAGAAGCUCGUCGUAGAUCAACUGGCGUGGACCUGGGUAAACGCGAGUCAAGGAUCUAUCCAUGUGAAUGUUUCCCACUUGGAGCCUGGCCGAUACAAGGCGUACUUUUUGGCCUACGAAAGCUACAACUGGUUGGCCAGGCCAGUCCAUGUGUAUGUUCCAGGUGCCGGACCUCUGCAAUGGAUCCCUUCAAACUUCACCACCCACAAGGUGUAUCCGUACCAGGACUUCAGAGCCGACAUAAGCGGGCUUCUCAUGGGCGUCAAGGAUCACAAGACGAGAUUCUCCAUCGUCCACCGCCACAAUGCCGACUGGGUAUACGUCGCCAAGAACGGCACGUUAUUCGGCAUGCCCCUGGCCGAUGUAUCGAGCAGCUUCAUCGUCAUGGCCCACGGUUCUGACAACAGCACGGCGGCGCUGCCCGUCUACGUCCCCAUUCCUCCCGUAGUGCGUCGCCGAAAAGGCAAAAAAGACAAGUCCAAUACGGACAAGAUCAAGGUGCUCACCUUCAACCUCUGGGACGGCGGCAGGAACGUCAAUGACUACCACCGCAAGCAGGUCAAGUUUCUGGCCGAGCUGGACGCCGACAUCGUCUGUCUGCAAGAGUGCUACUUCCAAGACGGCCUUCGGCUUGCCAAAGCGCUGGGCUGGAACGCCCGCCAGGGCAGGGACGUCGCCACCCUUUCCCGAUACCCCAUUGUCCAUGCAUACCGCGACCUGGAGACGGGCGUCAUGGUCCGGAUCGCCGUCGAAGGAGACAGCGGCCAGGUCAUCGUGACGAAUCUUCACUUCAACCCGUACCCCUACGGACCGUACGAAGUGUGCUACACGAAUUCCAGCACCGCCUAUGUCCGCAUGCGGGAGGAAAUGUCUCGCCGCACCCAAGGCAUCAUGGAGUUCCAGCUCAGGCUCCGCAAGUACAGGUUCAAGCUCAGGGAGACGCUGAAGAUCCCUCACAUUCUGGCGGGCAGCUUCAACCAGCCCUCUCACCGCGACUGGGGCAAGAGGGGGAGGAGACUACACUGUAUCCACAAGCAGGGCUAUUUCAUGGCCAAGUCGAAAUUUCCCUGGUCCAUCUCGAUGCGAAACACGCAGGAGAUCUUCUACGGGGACACGUGGAAGGACUCGUACCGCCAGGCGCAUCUCCAUCCCGCCAAAUUUCCCGGCAACACAUGGUCGCCCACCCACUGGAGGCACGGGGACAGGCUGGAGCCUCACGAUCGAAUCGAUUACAUCUACCAUCGGCAUAUGAAGACGGUCAAUUCGCAGACCAUCGUAGUCGGCAAGCCCAAGCGCGAGCCGUAUCAUCGCGACAACGAGUGGACUUCGGACCACGCGGCGGUCAUGUCCACGCUCGAGCUCCCGCUGUCGGCGGGCGGACAUAAGUUCUUGACCGAGGCGGAGAAAGGGGAGAAACUAAAGUCGGGGUGA